GCCGCCGUACGAGGCAGCCGUGGGCGGGUAGCGCUGGAGGCCGCCCGUAGCCAUGGCGACCGCUGUCGCGCUGCUGCUGCUGCUGCUCCCGCUGCUCCGGGUGCCGCCGUCCGCCCGCGGCUUCUCUCUGCCCCUGCAGCGUCCCGGCGACUGCGGCGAUGCGCGCUACUUCGACAUCUCGCAGCUGUCCUGCGGGCCCUGCGGGGCGCACCAGAGGCGGAGCGCCGGCGGUUGUUCAUGUGUAUGUCUGCCAGGGUAUAGGAUGGUUUCUAAUAACGGUGGGUCCUCUGUUAUUUGUGAAAAAUGCCCAGCAAAUAUGAGUGGGGUUACUCAAGAUGGAUGGAAUUGUAUUACUUGCCCGAAGGGCCUGACUUCUGAAGGAAAAUGUAAAUGCCUCAGUAAUGAAGUAUUAGUGGAAAGAAGUGUUGAUGGCAUUUUGCUAAAUGAAGCAUUGUGUGUAGUUUGUAAUGGGAGCGCAGAGUCGUUCUCCGCUUCAGAUGCGUUAGGAAGCAGGUGUGUAAGAUGUGAACAGACAUUCAUCAAUGUAAGCAAGUCGUGUGACUGUAGCACCCCAAAUAUUUUAAGUGGAGGUUUAUGUUUCAGCGCUCGUGAAAGCUUACCUCCAAAGGGAAUUGCAACUGUUCGGUUUGGACAGCUAGGUGAAACACUGACAUCGGCUUGGUUUCUGAAAAACCUGCAAUCCUCAGCCUCUGCCUGCUGGUUGUACUCUAACCUCACAGCAUGCCAAGCUCUUGGAAAUAUGUGUGUGAUGAAUAUGAACUCACUGAGUUCUUCAAGUACAGAUGCCUGCGCUUUAUUUCAAUAUAUUUAUGCCAAUACAGCAAGGCUAGGCAUUGUUCAUUCAAUAGCAUUCUGGAGGCAUAAUCUGCCAUGGCUGUAUUAUGGCGAUCAACCAGGAUUAGCAUCCCAAGUGCUUGAGACAAAUCAUCUCCCUACUGUCUUCAGUUUUAAAGGAAGAAGUGAGGAUGUGAAACUGCAGUUUAUUGCAGCCUCGUAUGAUGCAGCAGGAAACUUUCUUAAAUGGCAGAGUUUGGAAGGAGGCCUCUUACAGCUUUGUCCUGAUACCCAGACUAAAUUGAGUGCAGCUUACGUAUUUGGAACAACUUAUGAACAAAGCUGCAAGAUUUCCGUUUCCAAGAUUUUACUGGAUUUUACUAAUCCAAUCUUUUAUGACCUGUUCUAUGAAUAUAACGGUGACAGUGGACAGCAAUACCUUUGGGCUGUGCCAGUGUUAAAUCUGAAUCUGCAGUACAGUGAGAUGUAUGUGAAUCAAGGCAGCAGUAUGAGAAACUGGCUUUUGACUCGUCGCUUCUUUUUGGUGGAUACAUUGAGUGGAAGAGAAAAUGACUUGGGAGAGCUACCAAGAAUAAUUCGAGUUGCUAGCAAAAUAACAAUAAGUAUUCGUCUGGUAUCCCACUCUCAGAAAGGAACUAUCCACCCACCUCUCCUUACUGUUGCUUACACAGAUGUGCUUGUCCAAAACCCCGAUACCCAGAGCGUGACGGUUUCCUUCUCAGUCCGUUAUGAGAUGAAUCAGUCGGAGGCUCAGAUUCAGACAGAUAUCACGUUGGGCGUGCUGGGGGGGCUCGCAGUGUUAUGGUCCCUUCUCAGGACUGCAGGCUGGAAGAGGCGUACAGGCAGUUCUGUGAUUGACUUACAGACAGUUUUCAAGUUCUUACUGUUUUAUGCUGGAGACCUUGCCAACGUGUUCUUUACCGUCACAGUGGGCACAGGGAUUUAUUGGCUCGUGUUCUUCAAAGCUCAGCAGUUUGUCUCUGUCGUUUUACCACUCCCAUCUCAAGAGAAAGCUUUUGUUACAUACAUAGCAUGUGCUUUUAGCUUAAAGGCUCUGCAAUUCUUGCAGUUAUUGGUUUCACAACUUACUGUAGAUAUUUUCUUUAUUGACUGGGAAAGACCGAAAGGCAGAGUUGUUAAAGCAGUUGAAGGUGAAGGUGAUGUAAAAAGUGCUGCUGCACCUGUGAGCAUAUGGAGAACGUAUUUUAUAGCCAAUGAGUGGAAUGAAAUUCAGACAGUGAGGAAGAUAAACCCUCUCUUUCAAGUGCUUGCUGUUCUUUUUUUUCUGGAGGUGGUGGGAUUUUCAAACCUGGCUUUAAUGGAUUCUUCUUCCAGUCUUACAAGAAGCAGCGAGAGUUACAUAGCGCCAUGGAGCCGCAUUUUAAGAUUCGGUGUGUCUGCUGCGCUGUGGUUAGCCAUUGCCUUCCUGCAGAUUAUAUUUUUUGCUGUGUUCUAUGAAAGAUUUGUUGAAGAUAAGUUGAGCCGAUUUGUCGAUUUGUGUUGUGUGAGCAACAUUUCAGUGUUCCUCCUGUCACACAGCUGCUUUGGUUAUUACAUCCAUGGCCGCUCCGUGCAUGGACAUGCAGACACCAACAUGGAGGAAAUGAAUAUGAACCUAAAGAGAGAAGCAGAAAACCUCUGUAGUCAGAGAGGUUUGCUACCAAACACAGAUGGCCAGACAUUUCAGAUCUCCAUUUCAAGAAAAAUGAGGCUGCAGUAUGACAGGAUUCAUGAAACCCUGACGAGAAGACGUGGUCCUGCUAGGUUUUUGGACUCAUCUGCAAAUACUUUUGAACAGAGCACGAGGGCAUACAACACCAUGAACAAAUUCCUCAGUUCUUUUAUUGAUCACGUUCAUAAAGAAAUGGAUUACAUUGUCAAAGAUAAGCUGCUGCUUGAGCGGAUUCUGGGCAUGGAGUUCAUGGAACCAAUCGACAAAAGUAUUUUCUACAAUGAUGAAGGACACUCUUUCAGUGAAGUUCUGUAUUACGGCAAUGAGACGACGCUGCUCAUCUUUGAUAUCCUGUUUUUCUCUGUUGUGGAUCUGGCUACCCAAAGUUUUGUUUUAGCGGCUGUUCUAACCUAUUUGCAACAGGAGAUUUUUAGGUUCAUUCGUAAUACAGUUGGACAGAAGAAUUUGACUUCUAAAACUUUGGUGGAUGAAAGAUUUCUCAUUUAAUUAAGAAGACUGCAGACCUUCAGCGCUUAAUGGAGGAGAUUGUGUCCAGGACCAAAGCAUCUCAGACCUACAGAUUAACUGCAGUGCACUUCUCAGUAAUAGUGGGAUGGUUUUGAAAUGUAUCAUUUUGAUAUUGUCUGGUAUUCAUUCUUAUUUUUGGUAUAUUUACAGAUGCUUUUGAAGUUGGGAACACUAAACUGUAGGCCUUUAAAAGAAAAGGUACAUGGAAAUAAGACAAGAAUAAACAUAGUUUUGUUAUUAUUAGAGUAAGAUUUAAAAAAACAUUAAUGGCUUUUUCUAAGACAUGGAGAGCUGACUGAGGCAGUAAUUUGAGUGUUGUGGUUGGCAGUUUGGUUGUCAGCUCUUAGGUUUCCUGAAAAUCCCUUAAAUUUUUUCUUUCCUCCUUUUUUUUUUCUUUCUUUCCUCCUUUCUUCUAAUUUGUUUUGAGACAUAAUGUUUAGCAACCGUACUUCAGUUUUGUUCAGUCCAGACUUUGUUCUGAAUUGAAUUAAUAUUUCAAGAGAACUAUUUAAAAUCACUUGCUCACUGGGUUUCCUACUUGAAUUUUCAACUUCACUGUGUCGUAGCACUGUAUGAUUCUGUCUGUUCUCUUCAAGUUUAGUUAUUUAGUUCAUUGUUUUUUCUUGGGUGUAGACUAUAUGUGUCAAAGUUUCCUUGUGUUUGAGAUACAGUAGCAUUACAGUGAUGCAGAACAGCAAUCUAAUCAUAAUUGCUGAGAGAUGUUUAUAGGUACUUUCGGAUUCAGUCCUGAUCUUCUCUCACCUGAUGUGAGAUGCCCAGGGAAACAGAGCAGUAAUUCUAUGUGGUUUCCACACAAGUGAAAAAGCAGCAUUAUUCCGAUCUGUUGGAAGCAUUUUCACAAGUGCCUACAUAUGAUCAUGCACUUCUGGCUGUCUGAUGUUUGGGCUUUGAUAUCAUUUCACUUUCAUCAUUAUUUUGGAGUGUAGAGAAGAUAAUAAUUAUUCAAGUGCCAUGCAGUGAGUGUUAAAGGAGAUCACGAAUGGCCUUUGAAACACCUUGAAGUGGGGUGUCUGCCUCCCAUUUGUAUCUCUGAGAAGUUUCCAUACUUUCCUAAAGUUCACUGGUUUUUAUAACUGUUACUUGUCUUUGAAUAACGACCAGAGACUUUCACCAGCAGAAACUCUAGAAAAAUGUAAACCAAGGAUGGCAUGUUUGCUCCAAUCACAGACGAAGGAUGUGUUUGGUUGCACCCUGCACGUCUGGAAUGCAGACACACCUAUCUGAGCUGAAGCAGCACUGUACUGUUUUUCAGUUGUUUCUUGGCUUCAUGAAGAGGAAGGUGUUGUGUUGAUACCACAUCAUAUCUCAAUUUCAAACUUUCAGCAAUACAGACUUAAAUCUCAGGGUCACAGUUGCUCUAAUGCUUUUGCUUAGUAACUAUGUCUAAGUACAGUUUCCAGAUCUUGCAGGUGAUACUGAAAUGGUGAUGUACCACAGGGUCGAUGUGAGUGAAGGAUGUAGAAAGUGGCUGGGGUGUGUAGAUGAGGAAGUAGACCACAACUGAUCCUGAUGGAAGUCUUCCUGUGGCUUUCCAGCAAUAUAACUGUGCCAGUGAUAACAGCAGCUUUUUCUCUGUGCAGAUUCUGAUGACGUGUUCGUAGUCACAAAGUUAUUUCAGGGAAUGGAACCACACUUCAAACAUAUGUCCUCCCCAAUGUUCUGAUUUCAGAACUUCUACUUCAGUCAGAGUAAGUAAUGUGUAGGAAUCAGACCCUGGUAAGCUAGGGAGUGUCUGCAAACAAACUGAAGAUGUGAUUGUGCCAUCUGCAGCCCUGUAACUAAUUUAAUUGGUCUGCUAACAGCACAAGGGAAGGUACAGCUUCAUGUCACUUCUCACUGUAUACCCAAUUCUCAGUGCUUUUGCUCAGCUGGUUUGUUUCUACACAAAAUUGUGCUUUCACUUUUAGACAUGCCUUUAACUCAGAAUGGCCUUGCAAUCUGAAGGACCUACUGCUAAAGGCAACUCUUGUUACAGAUAAAUUAAUGUGAACUUGUCCUAACAGUUCUGUCACUUGCCUUCCUUUUUCUCCUCGAUGCACACACUACUGUGUGUUUUAUCUUUCCAGGCCAUUUAUCUAAGAUGUUAAUGUAACUAACAUUGCUGCUGUAUGUGAUCUAGGAAAUAAUUACAGGAGACAAAAGCUCCAGGAAUUCAUAGCAGCUUUCCUUCAUUCUUGCUGUGUAGAGAGCGCUUGAACUGGGUUGGCUGCCCUGUGAUCUCCUAUGGGUUCAAGAAAUAGCUCAUCAUUGUAUUUCCAAUUUUGUUUUCUGCUUUUUUAAAUUAGUAUGCAGCUGCAGGAUGUCGUUUAUAUAUUACAUGUUUUUUAACUUUAUAAAUGUUUUAAUUAAAGGACUUUCCAAGGACCGGACCCAAGCCUAUGACACUCCAUUCCAUCCAUAACCACAAGGGCUUUCAGAACAGGGCAGGGGCUUCUGCUGGCUCAAGUGGCUGUCUGAGGAGAAGUGUAGGAAAGGGAUAUUGUGGGCUGUGUGGCAGCAGAGGGACAUGGGUUUGGGAUGAUGGAAUGAAUGAGGGGUGAUUGAGGGUUAUUGAGGGGUGUCUGUUGGACUAGCUGC